AUGGGAAAAGGAAAGAGCAAUGAUCCCAGAGACCUGAAAAGAAAAGAACACACCAAGAUUGAACUCAAAAGAAAUAUAGGUUAUUUUGAUGGGGUAAGUUUUAUUAUAGGAUCAAUUGUUGGGGCAGGGAUCUUUGUGUCUCCCACAGGGGUGCUGAAGCAUUCCUUGCUCAACGUUGGCAUUGCACUAGUGAUCUGGACUGCGUCUGGACUGGUUUCUCUUAUGGGUUCCCUCUGCUACGCAGAGCUGGGAGCUGCUCUGCCCUUCUCCGGAGGAGAAUACGACCACAUUAAAAGAGGCCUUGGAUCCCUCCCUGCCUUUGUCUUUAUCUGGACGUCAACAUUUACCAAGCCAGCAUCAAACGCUGCUCGAGCCCUGCUGUUUGCUGAAUACGCCGCCCAACCCUUCUACGGCAUUUGCCCUGCCCCAGAAGUGCUGAAGAAAUGCUUGGCCUUGGCUGUUCUCUGGUCCCUGGGGAUUCUCAAUGGCCGCAGUGUCAAAAUGGCUGCCUGGGUGCAGACGGUUUUCACUCUGCUGAAGGUGGUGGCCUUGUCUGUGAUCGCUGUUGGUGGCAUAGUUCUCCUUGUUGGUGGGAGAAAGGAGACUCUGGCCAGGUUUGAGGAUGUGUUCAGCUCAGAGAUCCCCAAUGCCUCACAGGUGGCUGAAGCUUUCUUCCAAGGACUGUAUGCAUAUGGUGGUUGGUGGUCCCUCAAUUAUUUGGCAGAGGAGAUGAAAAACCCUAGCAGAAAUAUCCCCUUAACUGUGAUGACUGCUGUUCCUGCAGUAAUUGUUUUUUAUUUGCUGGUGAACAUCUCAUAUCUGACUGUCCUUACACCAAAGGAAAUUGUCUCUUCAGUUGCUGUGGCAGUCACUUGGGCUGAUCGAGUGAUCCCCUCUGUUGCCUGGAUCAUUCCUUUCUCUGUUGCUGUCUCAAUAUUUGGUGCCCUCAACAGCAGCAUGUUCACACUGGGUCGAUUAAGCUAUGCUGGAAGUCAGUCAGGACAUUUACCUGUUUUAAUAUCCAUGCUUAAUGUCCACUCCUGUACUCCAGCACCAGCCAUGAUUUUUUCAACUAUCAUUGCAUCCAUUUUUAUAAUCCCCUCUGACCUUAUUAUGUUGACAAAUUACUUUGGAUUUUCUGCCUGGCUUAUGAUUGGAAUGACUUGUGCAAGCCUGAUUGUACUUCGAUAUCGGGAACCUCACCUACAUCGACCCUACAAGGUGUUUUUACCAAUUCCAUUUGUGAUGGUGGCAAUGUCUUCCUACCUAGUUUUAGCUCCUAUAGUCUGGUCUACAAACCUGCAUUAUGUUUAUGGUUUCCUCUUUAUGCUGGGAAGUCUUAUUGUUUACCUGCCUUUUGUACAUUUUAAAUUGCAUUUUGCCUUUCUUGAUAAAAUUACUUGCCACUUACAGCUCCUGUUGGAAGUUUCCCCUGCUGAUGGAUCUGCUGAGAGCAAAUGUGAAUAA